AUGUCACGUACCUACCCUUCAGAUGAUCCAACAACCCCAUUGCUGCAAUCGGCAAGGGCGCCGAGAGAAGCUACAUAUAAGAUACCAGAAUCCUCGAGAUAUGUUGACGGUGAACUGGGUGAAUCAGAGCUGGUCUUAGAAAAGUGGAAUAAGCCUGAUGUCAAUAAAUGGCGGGUUCUUGCAACCUUCUUCAGCUUCAUCGUUGUUGGCGCAAAUGAUGGAACGUAUGGUGCAUUAGUCCCUUAUGUAUUGAGCAAUUGGGUACAUGCACGCUUUGGACAGCGGGGCGUUGCAUUUCUGGGAUCUGGGUUUCAUAUAAUUGCCUAUGCCUCCUCUGCACAGCAUCCGCCCUACCCCGUGCUUAUCCUUAUCUUUGUAUUGGCUGGACUAGGUAAUGGCCUUCUUGAUGCGGCAUGGAAUGCUUGGAUUGGAGCUAUGGCAAACAGCAGCAGAUUGAUGGGUAUCCUACAUGGCUUCUAUGGCCUUGGUGCGGCAUUGGCACCGUUGAUUGCUACGUCUCUGAUCACCACUCGCGGAUGGCACUGGUAUCAGUACUACUAUCUCAUGGCGGGUGGCGCAACAAUUGAGAUCUUAACGCUAGUUACUGCAUUCUGGUCGGCGCGAGGUAGGUUGGUCAAGGAAGAGUACCAAGGCAACAUUCACGGAGCUCACACCAAGAGCUCUUGGAAGGAAACAUUGUUCAACAGCCUCACUAUACAAUCCUUGGCAUAUCCCACCACAUGGAUAAUAUAUUUAUUCAUUUUCAUCUAUGCCGGGGUCGAAACCACUGUUGGAGGUUGGAUUUUUACGUUCCUCGUCCGCCAACGAGGCAUGCCCGAAUUCACAGCCGGUAUUGCAACAUUUAUUUACUGGGGAGGGCUCACUCUGGGCCGUGUUCUCCUCGGAUUCGUGACCUCAUAUCUUCAAAUUAACAAAUAUACGGUGGCUACAUCCGUUUUAAUAUGCUUAGCUGCCCAUAUUCUGUUCUGUUUGGUGGAGGAGAUCAACAUGUCCGUCAUUGCAACUGCUCUCUUAGGAUUUUUCCUCGGUCCGUUGUUGCCUGAGGCAGUCAUUGCUUUGGCCAACCUUUUACCAAAGCAUUUGCAUAUUGCAGGUAUUGGAAUUGCCGUUGCUCUAGGAAGUGCUGGUGGCCAGUGA